AACAAUCGACCCUCCACCAAUCCGCAAUAUAGUGCAACACCGCCCACCCGCUGAAAAUUAACCAGAGAUGGCGGAUGAACAAUACCUAACCUCCCUCCAACCCUUCAUCCUCCUCGCCAAGUCUGCCACCGGCAGAGCAGCCGCUGACCUCGUCAUGCAGGCGACGGCAGCACCGGGCUGCUUCGUCUUCAGUGAACUCCUGGAAAUGCCCAACAUCCAAGCCCUCGCCAAAACCGGUGACGGGAAGAGGUACAUUGACCUUUUGAAGAUCUUCGCUUACGGAUGGUACGGUGAUUAUAGAGACAAUGCCAAAAACCUCCCCCCACUCUCAGCAGCCCACCUCCAUAAGCUGAAACAACUCUCCUUGAUAACUCUCUCCUCCCAGGGCCCACAGAACCUAACCUACACCUCCCUCCAGCGCACCCUGGAUCUGCCCAGUACCCGCGCCUUGGAAGACCUCACCAUAAGCGCAAUCUACGCACACCUCCUCGUUGCCAAACUCGAUACCAAGGCUGCGCGCAUCGAAGUGUCCAGCACUGCUGGCCGCGACGUCGCGCCGGAGGAGAUCCCGGAUAUGAUCGCCACCCUGAAGAACUGGUGCCGGCAAUGCGAGGAUGUCCUCGGCGAUAUCGACGAGCAGGUACGAUGCGUGCAGCGCGAGGCAAUCGCUAGGAAGAGGGCUGCGGACGAGUAUGAGAGGAUUGUGGCGAUGAGGAAGGAGAUUGUCAAGUCGGAGGAGAAGGGCAGUGGUAGUGGUGGUGGGAUGGGCCCGGGAAUUGUUUCGGGAGUCCCGGGUGGAGGAGGAGGGGGAGGUGUGGCCGGGAAGGGGAAAAGGGUCAUCAGCGAAGGUGAUGAGAGUGCUAUCCGCGGCAGCGGAGGCUGGGGUGAGGACGACGAGAUGGAAAUCGACGAAGGUCCCUUCGAUGGCGUUACCCCUACCAGCAGCGCAGGGGGAGCAAAUACCAGCAAGAGACGCACCAGGAAAGGCCCCGGGAGUGGCCUCGGUGGUAUCCUGGGUAGUGGACGAAGCAGGAGAUGAUUUCUCUCCUCUGUCUUUCAUUUAUUCAGUUAUUAUUUCUACCGUCCCAAGUUACUGUUUUUCUUUCCC